UUGCUGUAUUUGCCUAACCUUGCACCUUCAGAUUUCCACCUGUUUUUGGUCUUUUCAAAACUCAUUAAAUGUACAGACCUACACCUCUGAAGAGGAUGUAAGAAUUCAUAUGGAAGAGUUUUUCGCCUGUAAAGACAGGAAAUUCUUUGCACAGGGAAUAAUAUGAUCUGCUCACAAGAUGGCAGAAAACAACAAAAUGGUCGUGAAGAAAAUGGUGAUUAUGAAGACAAGAAACAACCGAAACAUAAUAAACAGGAAGGAAGAGAAAAUUCAACUGAUUACCUCUCUAUCUCUAAUAUUCAAACAUGGCCAGAAUAUUUUGUAACUUCCAUUUCUCCCCAAAAAAGUGAUAAAGAUAUUGUAGAGAAACAAAGUGGGUGGAGUGCAGGAGAUGAUGUUAAAAUAUACUCAGUGAAUCCUGACAUUAAUAAAAAAAUAUCAUUGCACAAAGGUGAUAUUACUAAGUUGAAGGUAGAUGUCAUUGUUAAUGCUGCUAACUCCUCAUUGCUUGGUGGAGGAGGAGGUAAGUUGAUGAGAUUUUGUAGGUGAAGGAGGGUAUUUUCAAC